UGGGCGGUGAGCAGGGUCUUCUACAAUGGGCAGUACUACAGGGACAUGGUUCAGCUGGAGAGUGCCUAUGUGCAGGGCCGUAUCAGCGUGGAGAAGGUGAGGAAGGCACCACGGGAUGGGGACUUCUCUUCCAUGAAGCCCCGAGCGCCUUCGGCUGCACUGUUCCCACUGCAGUAUGAACCCCAGGGUCCUCGCUACAGCGUCAGGAAGAACCUGGUCCUCUUCCAGGCGUGGAGCUUUGCCUUUGGGAUGAGCGUGAGCACGGGCCUGCGCCUGUUUGACAUCCGACACAAGGGGGAGAGGGUUGCCUAUGAAAUGAGCGUGCAAGAGGCGCUGUCCGUGUACGGCUCCAACUGCCCGGGAGGGAUGUCCACGAGGUACAUGGACGGGAGCUUUGGCCUCGGGCGCUACACCUCCCCCUUGGUGCGAGGGGUCGACUGCCCGUAUUUAGCAACAUACCUGGAUGUGCACUACCUCGCUAAUUCCCAGGUCCCUAGAAUUACUAAAAAUGCUCUCUGCAUCUUUGAGCAGAACCUGGGCUCCCCUCUGAGGCGCCACUACUCCAACUUGCAGUCUCUCUACUAUGGGGGGCUGGUCAACUCCGCUCUGGUCGUUCGCUCCAUUGCCACCGUGGGCAACUAUGACUAUGUGUGGGACUUCAUCUUCUACCAGAACGGGGCCAUUGAAGGCAAGGUCCAGGCCACAGGGUAUCCAAGCUCAUCCUUUCUUCAUGGGGAUGGCCUGAGAUAUGGCAAUAGGCUUUGGGAACACACUCUGGGUACGAUACACACCCAUUUUAUCAACUAUAAGGUGGACUUGGAUGUAGGAGGGGCAGGCGACCGCCUAGCUGUGAAUCCCAGCCCAGCACUGUGGAGAAGACAGGAUCCGUGA